AGUCCGGAAGGGAUUGUGAUACCUACUUCAUAGGUCUAUACUGAGAGUGAAAUAAAGUGUGAUAGCUUAUGUAGAGCUGCUGAUAUGUAUGAUAAUAACCCAAGAAGUGAUAGCUGCUAUGAUAAUCUUCUAGGCAGCCAACCUCCCUUGAUUUCUUUCUUGUUAUGUUGAGUUGAACAUUGAGUUGAGCGUGGUGGUGACAAAUGUCAGUUUAGGUUCAAAUCCAUGCCCUACCACUUUAAGGUGGGAGCACUGUCUCCAACUCAAGUUUCCUUAUCUGUAAAACAGGGAUAUGUUAUACUGUCUCAGAGUUGCUGUGAAGAAUCGAGAAAUUAAUAUCAUGGAACCUUGAAAACAGUGCCUGACAUAUCAUAAACACUUGAUAAAGUUAACAUACUAAUAAUGACACUGACAAUUAUAUCCCUGACUUAGAAUUUUCUUUUUUGAAAAAAACCUACUGAAAAUGCUAAAUUGAUUGAAAAAAUUAUAACUGUGCAGAAAGUGGAAGUUGGUCCUCAACUACUCCAAAUCUUUUUUUUUUUCCUCCUGCCUCUUAUCCUUGACCAAUAUUGGUGCUUCAUCAUCCCAUUUUCCCUUUGACAGUUCCCUUUCCAGAUGUCUCCUAGCCUGUGAUCUUCAUAAUUUCCAUCAUCCCUCUUCCUCGUUUUUAGCCACUCACUCGGUAUUUCUCUGAACAUCAGUUCCAAAUGCUUUCAUUCCAAAUUCCUGCUUCCCUCUUCGCUCCUGUUUGCUCCCCUACCUCCAAAGAAGAGACCCUUCUGGGCAUCUCUCUGCCUUUCUGCCUCCUCAAGUUGAGUUUUCUACUUCUCUUUUCAUCAGCUAACUCCAGUCGUCCAAUUAACAAUGCAAAAACGAGUAGCAAAAGGUUGUCUUUUUCUUACCUCAUAGCUAUCAAAAAGGAUUCAGAAACAGGCACCCGGUCUGUAAGUGAAAACAAUAAAGCCAUCCAUUAUUAUGUUUUAAUUCUAAUCAUCAAGAAACAAGUGGUUGGGAUUUAUAUUUUUGUCUCAUGGAACUUUUAUAAGGAAAGUAUAAGAAAGCUGGUUUUCCUUGCCAGUGAAGAAAUUCAUCAUAUUGUCAUGGUCUGUACUAUUUGACCAUUGAGAAGAAAAAAGAGGCCAUCUUCUUCCUUCGUGAAGGACAUUUGUUAGGUAGAUGGAUCUCCUCAGGACUGAAAUUUGUCUCAUACUCACUGGCACAGCCAUACCUACUACUGAAUGCUGAGACAUUUCUGUAUCAGGAGGUUCAUAGCUGCUGCUUGGAGCCCCGAGUGAUCCUUCAUGGACCAGUCCCCUCUUCCUCUGUGCCCCAUGAUCCAGGAACCAAAGGGUUAAUCCCAGGCACAGCUAGAGGCCUCUGGAACCCAGUUGGAGCUCAUGGUUAAAUAUUUGGAACAUAACCCCAGGACGUCCCCAGUGCCAUUGCUUAUUCCUAAAUGCUGGAUUAAAGCAAAUACCUUUGAGUUGUCAAGAGCAUUGCACCAGUCUCCAAGGAACAACUUCAGCUGUCCCGCUGGAAGCAUCUUUCAGAGCAGAGUGGGCACCAGGUCACACAGGGCUUUGACAUUUGGAACAACGGAAGAUUUCUGCUUUUCUGCUCUGGGCCUCUUUUGCCCCAUACCGCUCGCCUGUGAGUUGAGGCCCUGACUCCCCUCCCACAGAAGGGAGAGUCCCUUCUCUCUAAAGAUGAACUCCACGGACCACCUUCAGGACGCUCCCAACACCACCUUGCUCCACGUGCGUCACUCCCAUGGAGGAAACAGCACCACACUACAGGAGGGCCUCCAGGACCUCAUCCACACCGCCACCUUGGUAACCUGCACUUUUCUACUCGCAGUCAUCUUCUGCCUGGGCUCUUAUGGCAACUUCAUUGUCUUCUUGUCCUUCUUUGACCCAGCUUUCAGGAAAUUCAGAACCAACUUUGAUUUCAUGAUCCUGAACCUGUCCUUCUGUGACCUCUUCAUCUGUGGAGUGACAGCCCCCAUGUUCACCUUUGUGUUGUUCUUCAGCUCAGCCAGUAGUAUCCCAGAUGCUUUCUGCUUCACCUUCCAUCUCACCAGUUCAGGCUUCAUAAUCAUGUCCCUCAAGACCGUGGCAGUGAUUGCCCUGCACCGGCUCCGCAUGGUGUUGGGGAAGCAGCCCAAUCGCACAGCCUCCUUUCCCUGCACCCUGCUCCUCACUCUGCUUCUCUGGGCCACCAGUUUCACUCUUGCCACCUUGGGCACCCUGAAAACCAGCAAGUCCCACCUCUGCCUUCCCAUGUCCAGUCUGAUGGCCGGAGAAGGGAGAGCCAUUUUGUCUCUGUAUGUGAUCGACUUCACCUGUUGUGUCGCUGUGGUAUCUGUCUCUUACAUCAUGAUCGCUCAGACGCUGCGGAAAAAUGCUCAAGUCAGAAAGUGCCCCCCUGUGAUCACAGUAGAUGCUUCCAGACCACAGCCUUUCAUGGGGGCCCCUGGAAAGGGGGGUGGAGAUCCCAUCCAGUGCACCAUGCCGGCUCUCUACAGGAACCAGAAUUACAACAAACUGCAGCACGUUCAGACCCAUGGAUACACCAAGAGUCUUAACCAGAUGCCAACUCCGGGGGCCAGCCGGCUCCAGCUGGUCUCUGCUGUCAAUCUCUCCACGGCUAAGGAUUCCAAAGCGGUGGUCACCUGUGUGAUUAUCGUGCUCUCCGUCCUGGUGUGCUGUCUUCCACUGGGGAUUUCCUUAGUGCAGGUGGUCCUUUCCAGCAAUGGGAGCUUCAUCCUUUACCAGUUUGAACUCUUUGGAUUUACCCUUAUAUUUUUCAAAUCAGGAUUAAACCCUUUUAUAUAUUCUCGGAACAGCUCAGGGCUGAGGAGGAAAGUGCUCUGGUGCCUCCAGUACGUGGGCCUGGGUUUUUUCUGCUGCAAACAGAAGACUCGACUUCGAGCCAUGGGAAAGGGGAACCUGGAAAUCAACAGAAACAAAUCCUCCCAUCAUGAAACAAACUCUGCCUACAUGUUGUCUCCAAAGCCCCAGAAGAAAUUUGUGGACCAGGCUUGUGGCCCAAGUCAUUCAAAGGAAAGUGUGGUCAGUCCCAAGAUCUCUGCUGGACACCAGCACUACGGUCAGAGCAGCUCCACCCCCAUCAACACUCGGAUUGAACCCUACUACAGCAUUUACAACAGCAGCCCCUCCCAGGAGGAGAGCAGUCCGCAUAACUUGCAGCCAGUAAACUCUUUUGGAUUUGCUAGUUCAUAUAUUGCCAUGCACUAUCACACCACUAAUGAUUUAAUGCAAGAAUAUGACAGCACGUCGGCCAAGCAGAUUCCAGUGCCCUCUGUUUAGGCUCGUGGAGGCUGGAGACUCUUGCAGAAACUGUUUUUGUUUCGGAUACUAUUUGAUUUUUUCCCCCAUUUCUGUGAGACCCGUGGUAGAUGAAAACUUCAAGAUCCAGCGGAACAGUUGGCCGUUCUGAUUUUCUUCUGUCUGAAAUAUAAGCACCUAUUGAUUUGCUUUGUGGCUGACCUUUUAAGAUUUGAUGUAAAAAUGUAUCAUUUAGAUUUUUUACCCUGACCUGCGCUCCGAUCUUUUGUACUAAACUUUUAAAUAGAUGCCAGGAAUGAUCACGCUAAUGAAUUGAAGGAGAAUGGACUGAUUACGAUCAUUUGAGUCAGUGUUCGGGGCCUUCAAAGUAUAGCUGAGUUGGAUUUUUUUUAAACAAUAUGAAGGUAUGAUCUUCACUGAGGCAAAUUUUUUAUUAAUUGAACUGUAAAUUUUGAUUCUGUAAUGUGUUGAAAUGGGGAGCAAUACAGUUUUUUGGUAGCAGGCUUAUUUGAAUAAAUAAUACAU